GGUGGGAGGAUUCACACUUUAACAGUUCUGCUGCAUGUUUCACAGGUGGUUUUAUUAUCAGACACUGAACCACUGAAGAAAAUGUUUCACACGUUUGUUUUGUUCUGUUUGUGCUUGAGGCGUCUGAUCGGUGUGUUUGGUGAUUCAGUGUCAGUGAUGGAGGGAGAUUCUGUCACUUUAUACACUGAUGUAACUGAAAUACAUGAAGAUGAAGACAUACUGUGGAGAUUUGGAGCUGAAAACUCUCUCAUAGCUAAAAUGAAGAAAAAGAACGAAACCUUCAACACAUUUAAUGGUACUGAUGGGAGAUUCAGAGACAGACUGAAGCUGGACGAUCAAACUGGAUCUCUGACCAUCACAAACACCAGAACUGAACAUGCUGGAGUUUAUAAACUAGAGAUAGCUGGAGCGAAAAAAUCAUCAAAAACAUUCAAUGUUUCUGUCUAUGCUUGUCUCCCUGUUCCUGUCAUCAUCAAUAACUCUUCAAACUGUUCAUCAUCAAAUUGUUCAUUGGUGUGUUCAGCUGUGAAUGUGAGUCAUGUGACUCUCUCCUGGUUCAAAGGAAACAGUUUAUUGUCCAGCAUCAGUGUGUCUGAUCUCAGCAUCAGUCUCUCUCUACCUCUGGAGGUGGAAUAUCAGGAUAAAAACACCUACAGCUGUGUGCUGAACAAUCCCAUCAACAACCAGACGAGACACCUCAAUAUUAAUCAACACUGUCACACAUGUUCAGUUCCUCCAGUCUCAGUCUCUGUGAUAGUGCUGAUCUCUGCUGGAUCUCUACUGAUUGUAGCUGCUGUCAUUGGGAUCUUUUACAUCUACAAGAAACAUAGAAAAACAGACAAAGAAGUUGAGACUUGUGAACAAGAGAUCACUUACGCUGAAACAACGUUCAACAAAAGAAACUCACAAGAACUGAAAGUUGAAGAGGAGGGUCAUGUGGAAUAUGCACCAAUCACAAUGAGAUGAUGAUCAAACUUCAGUCUUUUUCAAAGUACAAGACCGACAAGACAAGAGACUGCUGUGGUCUCAUUUGUUUACAUCUGCACACAAAUGUGGUUUGAUCUGUUGGACAGAUAGCUUGUGCAUGAGAAUGUUUCUACUGCUAGAUGUUUGUUUGAUGUUUGUUUGCGAGCUUAUCGAGGUGUGAAAAGUGCGUCUGUGAGAAAAGCGUGCGGGUGAAGGGCUUUUUCCAUUCCUGCUCACACUAAAUCAUUUCACUUCUGUUUUACACAAAACUUAUUUCUAACUUAAGCACUAAAUAUAAACUGUACACACUGUGUAAACACUAAACAUUAUUGUGACAGUUGCUGUUUUGAAUGUUACUACAGUUAACAAGGAAUAAAAUACAUAAACAAACACUGAAGUUGGCUUGAAAAUGCCUUGUCUGAAAGUUUGAAAUAACUUUGACAAGCUUAAUGUUUGAAUUGAAUUGUUAAAAUUGAAGUUUGGUACACAGAGGGAAAACACACACAUUUCUACCAUGAUUUCUCAUAUUGUUAGCAUGUUUAACAUGUUGCUAGCUUGAUUUAGCAUGUAUCAGACGUAGGCCAGUAGAAGCUCAAAACCUCAUUCCCCUGAUCUCAAAAGGUGCUCUUGCGACUGAUGCCAGAGACUGUGGCCUCAGGUUCGAACAGGAGGGGCUACACUAGCAUAUUUUUGCAUGUUGCUAGCAUGAUUUGCACUGCUCCAGGUGUGUGUGCAUGGUGUGUGUGUUCACUGCUCACUGCUGUGUGUGUGUACUUGGUUGGUAUAAAUGCAGAGCACAAAUCUGAGUAUGGCCGUACUUGGCAUCACAUGACUCACAUCACUUUUAUUUUCAUUUAACACAUUGCCAGCAUGUUGCUUCCAUGAUUUAACAUGUUGCUACUAUCCCUGCAAACAACCCUUUAUGGGUCCACUUUAGGGCUGCCAGCGCAGGGCCCCAGAGAAUUUGCUCAUUGGCAAAACGUUGGCCCCUUUAGCACUGGCCCUGCACGGGCAGCCCUCACUUAUCCUCCAGGAAGCCUUAGCGCUGUUUUAUUGAAAAUAAUAAAGUUUGAAGUCACCGUUAUGGAGGUUAGAAUACCAUGAAUUAGAAUACCUCUUAAAAACGUUCAAAAUAUUAAAGCAGGACAAAAUUUAAUGCAGUGGUAUUCUAGGGCUCCUAUAAUGUGAAAUUAUUAAAUCUAAAUAAUGUCCUCAGAGAUCAGUGAAUCUGGACACUACAUGAUGAUGUCUGAAUCAUCAGAUCAUAGCAUAUAACAAAUUAAAAACACACAGUUACAGGUCACAGGCCCUGCGCUGGCAGCACUAAGUGGGCCCGUAAAGGGCCAGUGCAGACUUGUUUGCAGGGAUAUUGCUAACAUGGUUUAAUAUGUUGCUAACAUGAUUUUAAAUGAUGCUAACAUGAUUUAGCACACUUCUAAUAAGAUAUAACAUGUAACUAGCAUGAUUUAGCAGAUGCUUGCAUGUUGUUAACAUGAGUGAAAUGUUGCUAGCAUGAUUAGGAUGCUGCUAGCAUGAUUUAACACAUUGUCAACAUGUUGCUUGCAUGAUUUAGCACAUUGCUAGUAUGUUGAUAGCAUGAUUAGCAUGUUGCUAACACAGUUUAACAUGUUGCUAGAAAUUAUUAACAUGGUGCUAACAUGAUUUAACACAUUGCUAACAUGAUUGGGAUAUUGGUAGCAUGAUUUGACUCAUCACUAGCACAUUGCUAGCAUUGUUUAACAUGUUGCGUAUGAUUUAACAUGUUGCUAGCAUGGUUUAGCACAUUGAGCUUAUUUCUCUCCCUUUCUCUAACUUUCAAGGUGUGUAAGUAUCUCUGAACAUAACCUGCUCCGGAGCAGAAGAAGGAAAAAGUAGAAUUGCAUGCUUUUUCUUAGCUGUUUCCAUGGUGAAUCAUUGAUUCUUCACUCGGUUGAGAAUGUCUUGUGUGUUAACACCGGGAACAUACUCUGUUGACUAAAUUACUCCCGAACGUGUUUUUGGAACCAGCAUACCUCGAGUAAGCAAGGUUUGGGUUAAUCAACCGAGAGUUUGUGGUAAGUUAACCUUGCUUUCUGGAAUAGCCUCUAGAUGUUCAGUCAAUUGUGUUGAACUUUACACAUGAAUUGAGUGAACUGAAUUGCACUCACAGCCUAUUAGGCUAUAUGUUUUUUGGAUUUGUUAAAUAUGCUGUUGAGUUUGUUUGAUAAUGUGUGAUAAUAAAUAAUGUGUUUUAAUUGCAGGUGAAAAAUCUGCUAUAAUAUUAUGAAUUAACUGCAGUGAAUUUAGAAGUAGGUAGUUUUCCCUACAUAGCCUAAUGUGCUUAUACCACUGCAUAGAGCGCCAUCUAGUGUUCAAAAUAAGAUUUCACGUCUGGAACAAUAACACAAGUGUACUUUGAUGCUUGUUUAUUGGCCAAAAAAAGCCAAUCUAGAUAUGGCUUGGUCCUUCGAUGCAAGUAGAUGGGAUUUUUUCACUAGUUUAUCAUUCCAGCAAAUCAUGAGAUCUACAAAACAGAUGAAAACAGUAUACUAUUAAAGAAUGCAUCCUAUAAGCCGUAUGCAUGGUAGAUCAUCAUCAGGAAUCAGCUCCACCUAUCUAAUAUAAGUACACUAUAUUAAAUAAAAUGCUUUUACAGUU